UUGUGGAAAACGGUCGUUAGCCAACACUGUCGGCAACUCUAAUAAAAAACGCGAGCCGCCUGCAAAUUACAAAACACCAUGUCUUUCAGUAAUUUGUUAAUGAAAAGCGGCCUAAGCCCGGGCGUACGUGGUGCCCAGGCCGGUGUCCUGAUGACCACCAGCCGGCAAGGGCACACCAUCCGUGGAAAGCCACCUGGCGUGGCUCGUUCUUUGGAGCAGAGAAUCCAAGAGGAAAACGUCAAGGAUCCAGAGGUGAUAGCCCGCGUAAAUAUUGGCUUCCCACAGCUAAAGGAAUCCCGAUCGGCGCAGUUGAAGGCAAGAUUGGAGCACCUAAAAGCUCAAAGGAGCAGCAAGGAAUUGGAGAAACUGGCGCGCAGCAAUAAGCUUAUCAUCGAUUUGGACAAAGUGCAGCAAACGUAUGUGAAGACGAGUGGUCAGCAUGAUCUUCGAUUGCUGGCGGAUCACUAUGGCGUCUUCGAGCAUUUGUUCGGCAGUGCCUACUUUGUGCCCCGAGUGCCGCUCAACAUAAGCUACCAGCUGGAUGGCGAUAGCCUGGCCCCCGUCUACAAUGGCAACGUGAUCAAGCCAGCGGAGGCAGCAAAGGCUCCCCAAAUCAGCUUCGAUGGAAAGAUAGAUCCCAUUACUGGACAGCCCGCUGGGCAGGAUACCUUCUGGACCCUAGUAGCCACCAAUCCCGAUGCGCACUAUACGAACGGCAAGGCGGAGUGCCUGCAUUGGUUCAUUGCCAACAUACCCAAUGGUCAGGUGAACGAUGGCCAGGUGCUCGCCGAGUAUCUGCCGCCUUUCCCGCCACGCGGUGUGGGCUACCAGCGCAUGGUCUUCGUGCUCUACAAGCAGCAAGAGCGCCUGGAUCUGAGUUCCUAUCAGCUGGCCAAGGACGACUACAGCAACCUGGAGAAGCGCACCUUCAGCACUCUGGACUUCUAUCGCCAGCAUCAGGAGCAACUGACGCCGGCUGGCUUGGCCUUCUACCAGACCAACUGGGAUGAGUCGCUGACGCAGUUCUACCACAAUGUUUUGAAGAGCAAGGAGCCGGUGUACGAGUACGAUUUCCCCAAGCCGUACCUCUCCGAUCAGAAGUUCUUCCCGCUGAAACAGCCCUUCAAUCUGUACAUGGACAAGCACCGCGACCAGAAGCAGCUCAACAAGGAGUAUCUGGAGCGCAAGCUGGCCAAGACGCAUCCCUUCGAGGGUCCGGAGAAGCCGCUUCGCUUCCCGAAUGCCCAUGCCAUUCGCGAUGUGCCCUCUUGGCUGAAAACAGAGAUCAGGAAACAGCGCUUGGGCACUGGACGGGUGCAGGAUUAUUAAUGGGGAAUCCCCGUACAACGAUGUUAAGUUUUUCUGUGUAAUAGUGGUUAACAAGUUUGUUUUUAUUCACUGGAAGUACAUGAGUCGCUAAAAGUA